UAGGGCAUUUUGAAUCUCCUACGACGUGGAACAGACUAAAAAGGGAAGGAAAUCAAAUGAAGAACAGACUAAAUAACAGACUAAUGACACAGUAGGCUGGGACCAGACACGGUUUAUCACGAGAAAAACUCACAAAACAUAAACAAGAUCUGACUUGCAUCCUGAUAUAUUGUUUCAACGCGUGCCAUAUUGACCCUGAUAUAAUGAAUUCCUUGAAGAAGUUUGGGGUUUUGUUAUUGGUAUAUUUAUUAUCAUCUUCAGUGCACAGUGGCUAUGUGACCGAUGACUUCCUAAUUUUCACGGACACAAAAAACGGAGUAAUAUGGCAACUUGAUCUGAUCCUGAGGAACAUACACCCCGUCUUUAGCCAGUGCAAUAAUCCCAUAUCCACAAGUUACGACCCUAUAGAGCAGAGGGUUUACUGGUCUGAAGUUGUCACCUUCGCUAAAAUAAGAAGAGUAAAUGUUGAUGGAACAGCGCCGGAGAUUGUCUUUAAUUUCACUAUUGGGAGCAUACCGGACGGCGUUACAGUUGACCACAUUUCCCGCCUACUCUACUACACUGAGAACAGGUAUGACACCAUUGGUGUGAUGAGAUUGGACGGCUCCCACCACAAGAUCUUGUUUAGAACUGGAUUGGAUAGGCCGAGAGCGUUGGCGUUGGAUCCAAUUAACGGCUGGAUGUAUUGGACGGAUUGGGGAACGGAAGCAAAGAUAGAACGCGCACACAUGGACGGCGAAAACAGACAAACUGUAGCAGACACGGAUCUGUCAAGGCCGAAUGGAAUAGACAUUGACAUCCCUGAACAGAAACUUUAUUGGUGCGAUGGAAAUUAUUCCAAAAUUGAAGUGUCCGACCCAGAUGGAAGUAACAGACGAUCUUUGAUUGAAGCUGGAUAUACUGUUAGUCGCUACUACUUUGGCAUUGCCGUGGACGACCUGCAUAUAUACUUCACUGAUUGGGGUUUUGCUUCUUGGGCGUUCCGUAGAGCCAACAAACUCGACGGCAGUAACUCGACUGUUCGUGUUGCCAGAUUUAUUCCAACGGCCAAGUUAACUGGUGUUCACGUGUAUAGAAGUUCAUACCAUUUAUCAGGAUCGAACGACUGCAGUGUAAACAAUGGGGGUUGUCCAUACCUGUGUCUGCCAAAACCCAACGGCAGAACGUGCGCAUGCCCAGAUAGAGUGUCGGGUUGUAUUAUGACUACAUAUUCUACCACAUCUACAACUGCUGUUGUAACAACAAAGUCCACUACUACUUCUACUACUAUCGCCACUACGCCAACGACAACGUCUACAACGGCUUCUGCUACGUCUACCACGCCUACUACCACCACUGGCACAUCAACAUCCAGCACUCAGGUUUCAACUUCGAAUAAAAUCUCGUCAACUUCCUUAGCAACGACAGUGCCCGCCUUGCCUCCCACGGUCACGCCAACUUUUACCAGCACGAAAGUUACGACCACUGAAAAAGGAGCCAUUAAUGAUGAAGUGAAAGGCGAGGACUCGGCAAGCAUCCCGAUGGUAAUUGGUGUCGCAGUGGCCACACCUUUGGUCACUGUUAUUUUGGUAGUGGUCAUUAUAAUAGUUUUUCUGAAAAGACGAAGAACACCGCCACCUGACCCACAAACCUCACAUGUUCCUCACCUCAACCGAGCGUUUUCCGACCGUCCGGUACCUCCCCCUCCUAAAUCACCCAAAGGACAACUUCGUCUGUCAACCGACUCGGACUAUGACUUAAUUCCAGGGGACUACCUAACACUGACGGCAGAUAAUACCUAUGAAGUACCAAGCACCCAGGAGAAUCAGUAUGCAGAUUAUGUCGGCAUCUGUCCAGUUUCAAAAAGGGUGGAUCCCCCCCCCCCCCCUCUACCCACCAAAAUUGAUAAUAAAACUCCCAUUGGCCCCCUUUAGCUGAGUCAUGGAAGAAGGCAUCAGGUGUGUACUUGUUUGUCGACUCAUCCUGAGGAAUGGGAUAUAUAAAACCUUUGUUAACUUUGGGUUCAGAGAGGACGUUUUCUUAGGCCAAAAAGGAGGUUCCCCCUCCCCCCCCCCCCCCUGCACCCUCAUCAAUACUCCUACCAGCCUGUAAACACGUUAUUUUAACAGAAACAAUACCUACGGAUAUUCUCUAUGCCAUUUAACAGCAGAUUACUGACAAAGACAAAAAUUGAUAUUGAUAUAUUGAUAUACACACACUGGACAAUAGAAGUGUCAGCCCCUAAAUCAGA